CACAUCAAAUGAGGUACAAGAAGAAAGGAGGAGUGGCCCCUUGUUCUGGAAAGACUCAGUGAAGCAGUAUUCGGCAAAACCAGAACGGAUACUGACAGCUAACAGCUGAGUAGAAGAGACCUAGGUCGGGUUUCAGAUUCCCAGGCUUGGGAUCAGAGGAGAACCAUGAGGAGAAGGAGGUGAAAGAGGAAGGAGAAGCUGCCAUGGUUAGGGGGGAGCCAUGGAAACGUGGACCCGAGGGCUGGCCAAUCGGAGUUCAGAGCAGCCCACAUGAAACACGGUAAGUAACAAUAAAUAAUUUGGGAUUACUCAUAGGAAAGUUGAUUCUAAUAGCUUAGAAGGUAGAUAUUGGCCCAGCUCUAGUGCUGAUUAAGGUUUAUUGUAAAUAUAAAGGUUGGAUGUGCCUUUUAUCUGGGAACUAAAUGGUCUCAAGUGGAGUAGAAACCCCGGGUUUGGGUUAAAUAAUUUAUAUGACAGGAGCCUUACUGAGUAAGUGCAGGGUUAGUUAUAGUUCCCUGUCAGCCUCAGUUCCUAGCACUAACACCUACCUGCCCAGUGAGCUUGGAAGGUAGAUGUAAUUUACUUAUUUUGCCAACAGUAAUUCUCUUACUUGUGCUUUAAGUGCUAUUAAGUCAAUGUACAGCUUCCUAAGGGAAGCAUGGUGGAAAGCAUUUGGGUAUAUGACUGGUUCCAGAGUUGCACAGAGUUGUGAGAAGAACAUGUACUCAACAGCUGAGCAAGCCCAAGCCCAAGUCCCACUUGUCAUUUCUAGUUGUGUGAUCUUGGGUUGCCAUCUUGCCCUCAUCUUUGGCAGGAGAGUGAUGGACCUGCUUUAGCUUCUGUAAGUACAUGGAGCUGUCAUACCCAACCUUGAACUUUUUAGGAAAAAAAAAAAACAAAACCAAAACCAAAAAAACCCAGAGAAGUUCAAAUUUUAUAUUCUAAAAUUUUGCUUUUAUAAGAAUAUAAAGACAUAUCAGGACAUAAAUAGACUCAGCAUGAUCACAAAGAAAAACAAGUUCCUUUUGCAUCUUGAUACAACAGUUUCAUUCUCUUCAUUCCCAGCAGUUACUAGUGACAAGAAACUUGGAGUCUAAGGAAGAUCCAGCUAGAAACUUCUCGUUAUCAAUACCUAGAUGGCCUUGGCUUAUCACAUGUGCUAUCUAGACUUUACCAAGGAAGUUUAUCAUAGAGAAAAAAUGUCAGUUAUAUAUAAAUCUUUUUCCACCUUUAAACUAGGUUUGUGCCUGUCAAGUACGAGCUACAGGAAAAAUGUAUGCCUGCAAAAAACUAGAAAAAAAACGAAUAAAGAAGAGGAAAGGUGAAGCCAUGGCUCUGAAUGAAAAAAGAAUCUUAGAAAAAUUGCAUAGUAGAUUUGUAGUUAGUUUAGCCUACACUUAUGAAACCAAGGAUGCUUUGUGUUUGGUGCUAACCAUUAUGAAUGGAGGGGAUUUGAAGUACCACAUUUACAACCUGGGCAAUCCUGGCUUUGAGGAGCGGAGAGCUGUGUUCUAUGCUGCAGAGCUGUGCUGUGGCUUGGAAGAUUUACAGAGGGAAAGAAUUGUAUACAGAGACCUAAAGCCAGAGAAUAUCCUCCUUGAUGAUCAUGGACACAUCCGAAUUUCAGAUCUUGGUCUAGCUAUGGAAGUCCCAGAAGGGGAGAUGGUUCGAGGAAGAGUUGGUACUGUUGGCUACAUGGCUCCAGAAAUUCUCAAUCAUGAAAAGUAUACAUUUAGUCCUGAUUGGUGGGGACUUGGCUGUCUGAUAUAUGAAAUGAUUGCGGGACAUUCUCCUUUCAAAAAAUAUAAAGAAAAACUCAACCGGGAGGAAAUGGAAAGAAGAGUGAAGAAUGAAACUGAGGAGUACUCGGAGAGGUUUUCAGAGGAUGCCAAGUCCAUCUGCAGAAUGUUACUCAUCAAGGAUCCAAGUAAACGGCUGGGCUGCCAGGGUGAUGGAGCCUCUGCUGUAAAGCAGCACCCAAUAUUCAAGGAUAUUAACUUCAGCAGGCUGGAAGCAAAUAUGUUAGAUCCACCUUUCAUUCCUGAUCCUCAGGCCAUUUAUUGUAAGGAUAUCUUGGAUAUUGGGCAGUUCUCUGUGGUGAAAGGAGUCAACCUGGACACCAAUGAUGAGACCUUCUACACCCAAUUUGCCACGGGGUCUGUCACCAUCCCCUGGCAGAAUGAGAUGAUUGAAUCUGGAUGUUUCAAGGACCUCAAUGAACAUGAAGAUGAAGAUUUGUCAUCACUUGAAAAAUACAAGAUGUGUUCCUCCAUUCUCAGACCAAAGAGAAACUUAUUCCAUAGACUCUUCAGAAGAGCGGGCUGCCUGAACCUUGUCCCCAGUGAGGAGAGGGAGCCACCAGAACACUGAUCAUUCACUGUGCAGACCACAAAGCAAGACCCUGGUGUUAAGAAGGAAUCUUUCACAUAUUAAGUGUCUUGUCCUUUCCAUAAAUUGUAAUAAACAGUCUGUAACACUGUUUAUAAUGUGUUUUCAUGUAUUUUUUACAUUAAUAUUUGUAUUGUCUUUUUACUGAAGCUGGAUUAAAGAAGAACCUUGAGAAUACCACUAUGUGCCCUGAAACUCCCAAGCGUAGAUGUACAUUUGAGCAGUUUUCAAAGUCUUUUCUAUAUAUCUGUCCCAAUGCUUUUCAGAACCCUGUUCAGUUUUCCUUCAACUUAUGUUCUUUGCUGAAUUAUGAGUGCUCCUUUUAUUUUUAUUGGAUUUUUUCUUUAUUUACAUUUCAAAUGUUUUCCCCUUUCCAGGUCUCCCCUUUGGAAACUCCCUAUCCCAUCCCCCCUCCCCCUACUUCUAUGAGGGUGCUCCCCCACCCACCUACUCCUGUCUUCCCAUCAUGGCAUUCCCCUACACUGGGGCAUCGAACACCCUCGGGCCCAAAGGACUUGCCACCCACUGAUGUCCAACAAGGCCAUCCUGUGCCACAUAUACAGCCAGCGCCAUGGGUUUGGUUGGUGGUCAACAGGCCAGACCCCGGGAGCUCCAGGGGUUCUGGCCUGUUGACCCUGUUGUCCCUUUGUGGGGGACAGCAAACCCCCACAGCUCCUUUAGUCCCUUCUCCAACUCCUCCAUCGGGGACCCCAUGCUCAGCCCAAUGGUUGGCUGUGAUCAUCACCUCUGAAUUUGUCAGGCUGUGGCAGAGCCUCUCAGGAGACAGCCAUAUCAGGCUCAAGCCAGCAAGCACUUCCCGGAACCCACAAUAGCGUCCAGGUUUGGUGGCUGUAUAUGGGAUGGAUUCCCAUGUGGGGGAGUCUCUAGAUGGCCUUUCCUUCAGUCUCUGCUCCACACUUUGUCUCCAUAUUUCCUCCUGCGAGUAAUUUGUUCACCCUUCUUAAGAAGCAAUGAAGAAUCCACAUUUUGGUUUUCCUUCUUAGGCUUCAUAUGGUCUGUGAAUUGAAUCUUGGGUAUUCUGAACUUUUGGGCUAAUAAUCCACUUAUUCAUGAGUACAUACAGUGUGUGUUCUUUUGUGACUUGAGUUACCUCACUCAGAUGAUAUUUUCAGUUCCAUCCAUUUGCCUGGGAAUUUCAUGAAGUCAUUGUUUUUAAUAGCUGAGUAGUAUUCCAUUGUGUAAAUGUACCACAUUGUUUGUAUCCAUUCCUCUGUUGAGGGACAUCUGGGUUGUUUCCAGCUUCUGACUAUUAUAAAGAAGGCUGUUUGGACUGGAGAGGUGGCUCAGCGGUUACGAACACUGACUACUCUUCUGAAGGUCCUGAGUUCAAAUACCAGCAACAACAUGGUGGCUCACAACCAUCCUAAUGAGAUCUGAUGCCCUCUUGUGGAGUGUCUGAAGACAGCUACAGUGUACUUACAUAUAAUAAAUAAAUAAAUCUUUGGGUCAGAUGGAGCAGGGCUGGAGAGAGAAGAAAAAGUGUCUGAAGACAGUUACAAUGUACU